AUGCUCCUGUCUUCCGCUUCCGGUGUUGACGAGUUACGGAUAGCUCGAGAGAAUUGGUUCGUUGCAACAGCUCUUUUACAGCUAGAGCAGCAUAAAGAUGAUGUCGACAUGCUUGGAUUGACGGUUGCGGAUGUACAGCUGAUGUUGCAGUAUGUUCUGUCAAACAACUACUUCGAGUUCAAUAGUAAACAGUACCGUCAGAAGCGUGGAAUUGCGAUGGGGAACCAUCUGGCACCUCCGCUGGCCAUCCUCUUCAUGGAUGCGCUUGAACAGAAGGCCCUCUCGACAGCUACAGUGAUGCCAGAUCUCUACAAGCGAUAUAUCGACGACUGCAUACUACUGUGGAGACAUGGCUGGAAAGGUUUAACAGCACUUCUAGAUCACUUCAACGGACAGCACACUACUAUCAAAUUCACAAUGGAACACUCGGUCAACGAAACUCAGUCAGUGAACUUCCUGGAUCUAGCUCUGUCUGUGCGUGGAAACAGCAUAGAGUGGGAGCUCUAUGUUAAGCCUUCCCACAGUGGUGUCCACCUGUCUUAUGAAUCAUGUCUCCCCUGGUCGUGUAAAAGAGCUGUUGCAACGAACCAAUUCUCUCGAGCUAUCCGUAACUCGUCAACACCGGAAGCGGAAGACAGGAGCAUGUCUAUAAUUGAAGAGUUGCUCGAGAGAAAUGACUAUCCACGCACCGAGAUAAACGCAGCACGACGAGCGGCCAAGGGGAAGAGACAAGAUACACACCCGUCUCAACAACAGCAGCGUGACAGCAAGCGCAGACACAACCAAUUCAAGUCAGUCAUCAAACUGCCCUUCAUCAACGACUCACUUGCCGCUCGUGUCUCACGACGUGUUCGAAAGUUCAGUCCGCAUGUUCGUGUUGUCUUUGUGUCUGGUCCUUCUUUGAAGGAUAUGUUGGUCCGAUCGUCGAGUGCUGUACGUGUGUGUCCCCGUGAGAAGCAGCGAUCGGAGGUGAAGAGAGGGAGAGGUCGACCAAUGGAGUGUCGUGCAUGUGAUGCGAGUAUGGUGGAUAAUCAGUGUUUAGUCAAAGGUGUUGUCUAUUGUAUGUCUUGCACGUUGUGUGCGGAAUUGUACGUUGGUGAGACCGAGCGGCCGGUGAGGGACCAAUUCGCUGAGCACUACCGAGAGGCAAGGGCGAUGGUGGCGAAGGCUCCCUGGGGCUUCCACUAUCGUACCCAGCAUCGAGAAUCUUUAAAGUCUUCCAACUUUCUGCCCUUCCACCAGGCAAAGAUUCUCGGCAGGGAGGCUUCGCUACCAUCAAGGAAACUGCUUGAAGCUAUCGAGAUAAGGAAGCGCAAACCAGCAGUCAAUUGCGAUGAUGGCUGGCGCCUAAUUGACUGA